UACACUUUGCGCCUAGACCUCACACUCAUAAGGUCUCUGCCCGAAGACCUCACACUCAUAAGGUCUCUGCCCGAAGACCUCACACUCAUAAGGUCUCUGCCCGAAGACCUCACACUCAUAAGGUCUCUGCCCGAAGACCUCACACUCAUAAGGUCUCUGGCCACACUGCACCGUAAUUCUCCGCAAACACCCUCACGGCAUGGCUUCGUACAACUGGCUUUUGCUCGGAGUUGGAUUACUUACAGCUGCUUCCAAAUGCACUGCCACCCAGUUUGGUCGAUGUAACGAGACGUACUUUCUGACUCGAGCACUCGGCUGCGAAGAUAAGUUCUUUCAGGCGCUAGCUUCUGAUCACACAGCAAACUGCAGCUCAUUAUACCAGACCCACGUGGAGCAGUGCUACAAUCACACGCUGCUCACUUGCUUUCGGGACACGCGCGCGGGAUGGCGCGGGAUCAUCCAGCUCGCCUUACUAAUGCUUGAGGUCAUGGGGAGUGCACAGUUCUACUGCACGGACGUGGAGCUGGACCAGCUCUCCCGCCUGCCCGCAAGACUCCGUGCGCACAUCCCGUGUAGCGAUCAGUACCUGGUUGCCGGCCAGAACUGCUCCAAGAGGUUCCGUCACUUGCUUGCUUCGGACCGCACAGACCCUCGAUUGUGCAAGGACUCCCGCUUUCUUAGCAAGCUCACCCAAGUAGGCAUCGUCUAUUUUAAGCGGCGCCUGUACAUCGUAAAACUCCAUGAAUUUUCUGACCACAUCUGAAGACAUCAGUAUGCCGCCGCCACUACAAUACGGUUCAAAAUACGUCUUGCUUAGCUCUUGUUCCGACACAGCGUAACGGCCGGACCGGAGAACAGGGCUGUUAAUCAUGAGAUUCCCCAUGUAGAGGUUACUUCGUGGAGCUGACUUGGCUAAGUACUGUAGCAUCGCGUACGGGUUCACGAACACAUCAUCGUCCGACUUGAGCAUGAAAUCAAACGGGCAGUAGCGCAUCGCCCACUCAAAACCCAUUGCUACUUUAUAGCUCAUAUUAAAAAAACCCUCCCUGUACUCGCUCGUAAUCAGGUCACCGUAGAGUCUAUCUUCAGCUGCCAUCAGUCUCAUCUCCUCUUGGUUAUCGUUAGCGCCUAUGAGGAACACUGUUCUCCAUCGGGGUGAUGGCAAAAAAUCCGUACCCCAGGUAAAGCGGAUUUCUUUCCUCCUGGCAGCGUUGCCAACAUAGCUCGAUACUAGGAUCAGUAGAUUUACUUUAGAGUGGCAGGUCUUACUGGAGAUCAGUUUCGUCCUGUGUCUAUCAUCUUUGUGUCCCAAAGUAAGUUCUUUGACAGUUAUGGUGUUCAGAAGACUAAAGUAUACAAGUCCAGUAAACAGUGCGAACAGAAUAACAAGUCGGGGGCGUGCUCUGCACAGGAGUUGGUAAAUCUUGCGUUUCAUCAGAACGGGACCUGAAACAAAAUGGAAACACCGAAAUCUUAAAGAGUCGUUCUCUUCCUCUUUUUCUCGCGGGGUUUCGCGGGAUAUGUAGAUUCAAUAGCGUACUUCCCCGAGGUCACGUGUUUAGUUUCUGCGCAUGCGUGAAUUUGCAGCUGGUCUAAAGGUACGUGGGCUCUAGGAACGAGAUAGUGACGCAGCAGCAACACUCAGCUAACAUACAGUGGAAUGAGGCAUCAUGGGACACUAUUGAACUCAUCUGGGAACAUCGCUGACACCCUUGGCGGAGGCGGAUAGGUCCGAUCAGUGGGAAAUUCUAGUCACCCGAGUAGAAAUGAUGCAAAUAUAUUAUAAACUGGAAGUUAUUAAAUAAGCUUUUAAGAAAUUAUAGUUGCACGUAGUCCCCGGGGUGUUUCCCGCAUCCAUGGUAUCUAAAUAGACUUCUAGUAGAUGAUAAUAAGAAAAUCUCCGAUAAUAUCACAAUAUCAAGGGUCCAGCAGAGGGAAGGAGGGUAUCUAAAUAGAUAUCUAGUAGAUUCUAAUAAGAUAAUCUCCGAUAAUAUCAUAAUAUCGAGGGGUCCAGCAGAAGAAAAAAGAGGAUUAAAAUAGACAUCUAGUAGAUGAUAAUAAGAAAAUCUCCGAUAAUCUCACAAUAUCAAGGGUCCAGCAGAGGGAAGGAGGGUAUCUAAAUAGAUAUCUAAAAGAUUCUAAUAAGAUAAUCUCCGAUAGUAUCAUAAUAUCGAGGGGUAGAGCAGAAGGAAGGAGGGUAUCUAAAUAGACAUCUAGUAGAUGAUAAUAAUAAAAUCUCCGAUAACAUCACAAUAUCGAGGGUCCAGCAGAAAGAAGGAGGAGGAUCUAAAUAGAUAUCUAGUAGAUUCUAAUAAGAUAAUCUCCGAUAAUAUCACAAUAUCGAGGGGUCCAGCAGAAGAAAAAAGAGGAUUUAAAUAGACAUCUAGUAGAUUCUAAUAAGAUAAUCUCCGAUAGUAUCACAAUAUCGAGGGCCCAGCAGAAAGAAGGAGGAGGAUUUAAAUAGAUAUCUAGUAGAUUCUAAUAAGAUAAUCUCCGAUAGUAUCACAAUAUCGAGGGGUCCAGCA